AUGCGAAUGUUACAAUGUCGGGAGCAGCAUCGAAGAGGAAUCGCUAAUGGUGACUCAGACGUCGGAACAGCUGCCAGCGGCGCCGAGCACAACCUGCGGAGCCGCGCCUGGACAAUUGUUGCCAGUUUCUUAGGUCGACGAAUCAGUCAUAUUGCUGCUCAAAGCCGAGAAGUGUUUAGAAAAGACCAUAUGCACUUUUGCACGCUGGGACGUGCUAAGGACAGCCGAAAACAAAGUUCUAGCGAUAGUUUUACUGCAGAGGACGCAACGAAGAGCCGUUGUCAACCGAACCACUGAUCAAACUAAAAAUACUUUGUUAAAGAAAGGAACCUGAGAGUUUUGAAAGGGAUAUGAGUUAUAUUCAAUUUCUUCCUUGAAUAUUCUCGAAGACAUUUCAGAGAUUUCAUUUUCAUGAUUGGCAUAAAAUCUCGAGGUUACGUUGAACAUUCGGCUUUGAUAUGUCACACAAGUUGUUCGUCGACGGGGCUUUUGACAAAAGGUUUUUUUAACGAUUUGAACUAAUUUCGGGGUUUUUUGUUGCCUUGAAGCCAUUUUUGUUGACUACAUAUGUUUUCAAAUCCAGAAAAACAGAUUAAAAAAAAUUGUACUAAUAAAAUGAUUGGCAACUUUUCUGCAGCAUUUAUUACACAAAAUUUUAGAGGCUCCAACUUUUCAUUCCAUCGAAAUUUAUCAAACGAUUCAAAAAUUUAAUGAAUGAAUCAAUCUCAACUUUGAUCAUGAAAAACUUCCAUUCAAAAUUCAUCAAAUUUCAUGAAUUUUUUAGAUGUAUUCAACGAUUUUUACGAAGAAAAUUCGCGUAGUUCAUAACUUCUCUUUUUUCUCAUGAUUUUUUGACCUCGAUUUUAGCUCAGUUUGUUUUGUUUAUAACGAUCCCUGGCAGAGAGACGCCAUGUGCGGAAGAAUGCAACACUCGCUAGCCAACCAUAUGUGCACUCUGGAAAAGUGUAUGGGACGAGAUGGACUCGCUUAAUCUUAGAAAUAGAUGUUUAUUCGACGAAGAGUUUCUGAAUAAACACAGUAUAGGCACAUAUGCACCGCAAAUGUGAGUCCAAUCAAUCUGCAAUCUCUCCGCAGUUUUUGAGUAAUUCAGCACUCUCUUCAAUUUUAGUGUGUCUUUUGACCACUCAGUCAUUAAACUCCCAUCUUCUAGCAAACAAAAAAAUUUGAUUAUCAAGAAAAAAACAAGCUUCUGUGCCUGAUUACAAAAAGAGAAAUAAAUUAAUCAAACUUCGUCAAGAUAUUCAAUAGAGUUAUCAAAUCGCGAAGCUUACUAAGCUGAAACGCGAAAUAUGCCGAAGAUUGAUGUUUUUCUCAAUUUAGGGACUGUUAUCUCAAGGGUUGAUUUAUUCGAGGUUUAUGCGUACGUAGUUUCCUAGACCUCAUCAACCGAUCCAAUAUAAAAAAAUAAAAUGAAGUUCCUAACAAGGUAAAAAAAGAAAGAUUGUAAAGAUCUUAACGGUUUUUUUGAAAGACCAAAAAUAUAUUGAAAGAGAAUUUCACAAAAAAAGUAGCGGAAAGGUAAUUUCGGUCCAAAAAAUUUGAACUUGUUCAAAAAAUAUUUGAACAAAUCUAUUUUUUUAGCUAGGAAACAACUCUGGCAAAACAUAAACAAUUACAAAUUUUAGUAAAACAAAAACAAAAAUUACGAAAAAUCAAAUACCAAAAAAAUGAUUAAUUUAGAGGUUCAGUAUGAUACCGACUUUUUUUCACAACUGAAAGGCGUCCUCGAUGGUCAAGAGUACUUUUUGGAAAUUUUGGAAUUUUGAAACGUCUUAAAAAAUAUCUUUAUUUCAAACAAUUGAAACUCAUCAGACACUGCUCAAAUGAUUCGCUGUGACGAAGAUCCUAGCAGUGAUUUUUCAGAAAGUUCCUUACUGAGGACCGCUGAACUCUUUUUUUGAAAAAAGUGCAACACGUGCAAGACAUCUGCCAGAAACGUGAUCCUCUUCCUUCAUAAGUGAGCCGAGAAAGUUUGCCUGAUGAACAGUUCUUCUGCGUCGCAGCUGGUACCAGGAGGGGCUGUCGGACCAUCGUUUUUGCUUUGGACCUUUGCCUCCAUCUAAUCCAAUAGACUGAUUUAUCAGCCCCUUGCGGUGCCAAGACGGAUCGGCCACGUACAAUGUAAUGUUGCGAUGUGCAGCCGCCGUCCAUUCCUCAUCUAAGCGGCCAAGUAGAAAAAACACUCGGCCUCGUCCUUUGAAACUCUUGGCUUUUGAUAGCGUUUUUUUUGCCGGGUCGGCUAUUUUUCUGAGUUUUAAAGACCAUAGCCUGACGAGAACUUAUUCUGACCUCUGUCAAAAAUUUUGGUAGCCGUCGUUUAAAAAACCACAAUUUUUCACUAUCUGUUGGAGAUACUGUAACAGUGUUACCGAAACACAACAAAUUGCGUUAAGACUGCGAUUUUUCAAAAGUUUGGCAAUAUUGGAAGAAAUGACUGCUAGUUUUUUUGUUUCUGAGUCUAGCUUUUAAAUAAAUUUGAUAUCAUAUUUUUAAUCAAUGUCUUCAUUGUCCUGGUCAACGAUCAAAAAAAAAAAAACAUGAUUUUCUCAUUCUUAACUCAGUUUUCUUGUUUCAAAAAUCAUUAUGUAUCGUGACCCGCAGUACGUGUUAUUUUUAAAGGUCAAAAAUGAAGGAGACUUAAAUAACUGGUAAAUCUUCUCGGUUUAGUUAUUAGGUCAAAAUUUCAAACCUUUCUGCUAAACGCUUCAAAAUUUCUAUUUCGUAUAGUCUGUGUGCCACGAUUUGAAAUUUCACCGAACGACAUUCCGCUGUUUCGCUGCGUGCGUUUGCGAAGCGUCUUUCGAAUCUAGGUCACGCUUUCAGUGGAUUGUUAUUGCUGCGGGAGCACAUGAAAGUAGAGUACCUUGAUGAAAGAAAAAAAAAAUUUAAAGCGCGACCAAGGUUUGCAAAGACGCACAGCGGAAUGUCGUUCGGUGAAAUUCCUAGUCGUGGUUCACAGGCUAUAUCAAAGUAAUUUCACUAUGAGAAUAGGAUACAAAAAGAGCAGAUUUCACUUUUUUUUUGUGUCUCAAAUAAAAAUAGCAUAAAAAAUUUCGAAUCAAACAAUCACAACGGAAAAUUGAAAGCGGAGUAUUUAAGAAUUUUUUUCAGCUAUUCAAGUUUCCCAUUUAUUUCUCAUUUCUGAUAGUUCUAACUUUUUGAAAUACAAAGUUUGACUGUUUUUUUUUUAAAUUUUUUCCAUUUUAUGGCAGUAUGAAAUUCAAAGUAAACUAACUGAGCAGCAGGUACUUUUUGACAUUAGAGAUUUCACUUCAACUUUCAUCAAUGUUCAAACUGGAUUUCAAAAAAGUUAUUUCACGGAAAGUUUUUAUGAUUUCAAUUUGAAUGAUCUAUGUAACAAUGAGAAUUUUUGAGCUUAGAAAGCUUCUGUGAAAGUUUGAUUUAAUAGGAAGAAGAAACUGGUUCUCAAUAAUGAGCUGCUCUGGACUAAAACCUUGAGCCUUUUUUCCCGUUACAUUCUAAUAAAUCCUUUUUUAUAAAUAUGGAAUAACAGAUCUGAAUGCUGAUAAUUAUUCGGGAAGUUGAACAGCAUCAAAACCAUUCUUUCAAAUUUCGCCCAAAAACCAUUAUUCUGGCUCCUCUCUGUUUUCUGCUCACUCCAAAAUCAGUUGAAAAGUCUGUUUCGCGUACAGAUGUGGUCCAAGUAGCGGACCCGUCCUUUCUCUCGCUUUACAGCUUACAUCGUGCCGGAUCGCGAGCCACCUCUCUCGUUCAGCCGACGCUUUUUCCGUCCGUCGAGCUGCCGCCUUCCCUCCGGCCCCGCCCACCGCUCAGCACUCUUUCUUUCUUCUAGCUGGCGCCUCUACAGCCAACGGCCGGCCAACCAUGAAGCAAGCGCCGAUAUGGUAAGCUUACCGUAUUUUUUCAACUUUCCCGAGUUAGAGUAGGAGCCUUCAAAAAUUUCGCACGAAAUGCUUGAGUUUGAGAAUCCUUCAUACAGUUUUGUUUCCAACUUUCCAUUGAAGAUUCAAUGGAAAAAAAAAACUUUUCGACUUUCUCUACUAUUAAUUUUUUUUCAGGCCGCUGCUGCUUUUGGCUGCGCUAGCAUUUUUGGCGACCAGCGGUGUUGAAUCAGUAAGUUCAUUACAAUAUAACAAAUCUAUUGCUCUCAUUCUGUUUCACUUUUUUCUGCAUUGGUUCUUGGUGUAGCUUCUAAUUUCUAGAUGAUCAACUUAUGAUUAUUAUUCUAAAUUUCCUCCUAACUUUUGUUCUUCUCAGUCUUUCCCAGCAGUAGCGGUCUAAGUUUGAUCGCUAGAUGGUUUUGAAAUACCUAAAGCUAUUAAUUUUUUUUCGGACUUUUGAAAAAAAAAUUAAAUUUAAGAGUAAGCGCCACCGAAUUUCCAAUAGGAGCUUUCGUAUAGACCUUUCCAACUUUUCACUACCAAACUUUUUCAUUGGAAAAAUUCGAAAAACGUCAAAACUAAAUUUGUUUUGCUUCUAAUCAUGAGAAAAACACCUUUAUUCUAGUUCUCAUUAGCCGAAUUUUCAUAGCCACAUGCUCAUUGCAUGUUUCAUAGAAUAAAGUUGCGCAGGAGGAAAAUAGCUGUGAGCUUAACGACGGACAAGGCAUGAAUUGUUUCUAGUUAUUUUGGAAAUUUCCGGUGAAACAUUCAACUCAGGAAUCAUCGUAGAAAUUAUUAAAAUUAAUCUUUCUGAGGGCAGAAUUUGAUCCUCUUUGUUGUGUUGAACACCUUGAAUUAAAAUUGAGAACUUUAUUCAGCGAUAUUUUUGAUGAGAGUUCUAGAAUCCUACUCUGCUUCAAGCAAUGCUCUAUUUUACAUAAUCGAAAAAAUCAUUGUUUCUUGACCCUUUCUUGAAACGCUUUAGAGAACUUUUCACGCUUCUGGCUACAGUAACCCAAAGGCACAGCUCCUGCACCUGCAAAGCAUCUGGCCGGGAGCCCUUUUUUUCUCCAUGCUACCGCGCUAAGCGAAACAGCCACGGCGUGGGCUGUCAGUAACCCUAAAAACUCGCAGGUGAUAAAUUGCGCGUCAGUCAAGAGUUUUCCUAGAACAUUAUAAACAUCCACUUCGCGUCGUCAAAAAAAAAGACGAACAGCCAUUUUGUCAACUAGCCAAGGAACGUGUAAUACGAGCUGUUUGGCAUUCGACACCUCAGCCACUGUAGAAUUCCGCUGAAAGUGCAUCUCCGGUUGACUGUAAGGCUGGCAAAGCCGCAAAACAAUAAAAAAAACGUUAUUGGAGGCUUGAUGGGGUGCGGAAAAAAAACAUUUUAAAGCAAACCGCUAAGUAUUACACUGUGGCUUUUUACAAAACUGUGUUUCGUCGCUCAAACCUUUCUAUAUGUCUUGGAAAAGGCUAAAUUAAACUGGAGAAACAAUAAUGGUUUUCUUCUUUACAAAAAAACGCUAUUCGCAGAAAAGAAAGACAAUUUGCUAUUUUCAUCCGUACGAAACAACAAAGAUUUGAGGUGAAUUCAAUUAUGGUAACGAGUGAAUCAUUUAAUGUUUACUCAAGCCGAUUUCAAUAGGGAUUUGAACCUAGUCACCAAAACAGCUGAAAUGAGAAAAAAAAAAGAUUUUCGCCGUCCUCUGUGAUUUUUUUUCUUGAAUAUACCAUUGAUUGAAGUUUGAUCUAGUUCUUCUCAAGUCCUUGAAGAGGUAACAUUAUUAAAAAUUUAUGCUUCUCAUGGAUCUCAUGAGAGUCGAAUAAAAAACGCAGCAAAGGCUUUCAGAAAUACCAUAAAGCUAGCGUUUUCUUCAUUGCACUUUUUAAUUUCAACACUGUUUUUUUUUUUGAGUAUUUUGUGUAUCCGAUUGUUGACUUUUUAAACUUUUCAUAAUAUUCCCCAAUAUAACAAAUAGUAUGCAACGCUUAAUUGGAACUCAUAUAAUUGAUCUUUUGAUCUACUAUUUCAAAACGCUCAACAUAUCCUUUUUUUGCAGCAAGCAACGUGUCGCGACUGUUCGAACCGAGGAUGCUUCUGCGUCGGAGAAAAAGGUUCAAUGGUGAGUUGAAAGAUUUUUGAGAGCCUUGGAGUUCGAGGACUCCGUAGUCCGUGAGCGAACCCACAUCAAUCUUGCCUAAUCGCAAUCGAUUGAUUACAUUACAUCGGAAGACGCAGCGCGAUGGCAGGCGACAGCUGCCGCGGCUGCGUCCGCCAUUGCUCCACUUGGUUCAGACAGGGUCAAAAACAUUGUAACUUUUUGUAAAUGGACCAAUAACACCAAAAAAGCUUCAAGAUGCUCAAACUUAGAUUUUCUUUGCUCGAAUUUUCAAAAAUGCUAUUUUUGAUUUGAUUUCGUGGAAACAGUAAUGUGUUUUUCCUAAUCUGUGCAAAAUUCCAGGGAGCUCCAGGACCGCAAGGACCACCCGGACAAGCAGGAAUUCGUGGAUUUCCCGGGCCAGAAGGUUUAGCCGGACCAAAAGGACAAAAAGGAGCUCAAGGUAGGACAAAAAUAUACGAAAAUAAUAAACAGUUGUCUCACAGGGCCGCCUGGACCGCAAGGUUCGAAAGGUGAUCGAGGAGCAGUUGGUGUUCCUGGAUUUCCUGGAAAUGACGGAGGCAACGGACGGCCUGGAGAGCCUGGUCCGCCGGGAGCUCCUGGUUGGGAUGGUUGCAACGGAACUGACGGCGCUCCUGGUAUUCCUGGAAGACCUGGUCCACCUGGUAUGCCUGGCUUUCCUGGACCGCCUGGCUUGGACGGUUUGAAAGGAGAGCCAGCCAUUGGUUAUGCUGGAGCUCCUGGAGAGAAGGUUCAACCAAACGAAGUUGAAAGAAAGACAACUGUUUGGCUUCUCAGGGUGAUGGCGGUAUGGCUGGUAUGCCUGGAUUACCAGGACCACCUGGACGUGAUGGAUUUCCUGGUGAAAAGGGAGAUCGAGGUGACACUGGAGAAGCUGUUAGUUCAGAAUGCAUAAUAAACUUUAGCGAUCGGAGUUUCAGGGACCUCGUGGACCACCCGGAGAACAAGGAAUGCCUGGUAACCCUGGUAUCGGAAGCAUCGGACCCAAAGGAGAUCCUGUGAGCUUCUCUUCGAAUUUGAAACUUUUCUUACCAAUUUUUCGGAUAGUUGUUAAUGUCUGAAAAGCGAUCGAGUGUUGUCGGUGUGUUGGGUAGAAUAUCUUGUGGAGGCGACACCACCGACAGCCUCAGUCCUGUUGGUCAUCCUUAACGGAAGAGCUGACCUCUCGUGUAGGGAAGUCACCGAACCAAAUCCGCUUAACGGAGGAGCUCACAGCUUGCUGUUUUCUAGGGAGAUAUAGGUCCAGCUGGACCUCCAGGCCAACCUGGACCUCGCGAAUUUACCGGCUCUGGCUCGAUUGUAGGCCCGCGAGGAAAUGCCGGAGAGAAAGGCGACAAGGUACAUCCGUUUUUACAUUUUACUUUUUUAGGGCGACCAGGGAGCUCAAGGACCACCUGGUUCUCCAGGUCCCAUUGCUUCCACAAUGGCAAAAGGCACAAUAAUCGGUCCUCAGGGUGACAUAGGAGAAAAAGGCGAAAAGGCAAGAAACGGCCACUAACCGUUCUAACUGUGAAACUUUUCUGUUCUUCGCUUAUGGGGGAAAGUCGUCGGAUUGGCUUCGCAGUUUUGAAGUAUUGGAUGAAAAAAUUGUCGAGUUUUCAAUGAACAACUGGUAGAAAAAACUAAACUGAACGCCUCCACUUGUUAAUGGUGCAUAGGACUUUAAAAAAUUGCAUAAAAUGAGCAAUAAUUGUCUACACAAAAUAGUAAAAAAGUCGAGGAUGUCAGUGUCUUUUAAUUAUGUUCUAUCGCACAGUUCUUGACUGCUUCGAAAAAUCUGAAAUAUUGCGGUACUCCACGGCAAAUCGACUUCGUUUUUCAUUUUGGUCUCUUUUCAAACAUUUGGAGGACAAAUAGUAAUCGCUUUUUUUCAAAAAUCGUCUAUCUUUAAAACCACUUCAAAAUUAACACAUGGAUAAAUGUUCCAUAUCUCUUUCGAUAUUUCGACUACCGUAAGAACGAGUAGCUUCGCAUUGUAUUCCAUUCAAUUUCGCGGAGCCAGAAAAAUCUGUUAAAAAUUGAAAUACAAUGAAUAGUCAAUAACCGUGAAGAAAAAGUUUGUUUGAAUUUGGAUUAAACUUCAAAAAAGCGAACCGAUCUCGGCGUACUUCUCCUUUUCAGAAACGCAUGCUUGCAAAUCUCCUGCCUGUCGCUAGUUAGUUCUUAGAGUAGACUAUAUGCCUGUGCUUCUAUUUUUCUUUCGUUUGUCGUGUCGCUGAACCUCUUUCCUCUCUAAUACAGCAAGUUCUAGGGAGAACCUGGAGAAUCUGGCCAACGUGGCUAUCCAGGAAACGCUGGCCUUCCCGGCCAGCCUGGGCUUCCAGGAAUGAAAGGCGAGAAAGGUCUUUCUGGACCAGCCGGACCUAGAGUAAGUGGUGACCACAGUUCGAAUUUGAAUUGGGCUUUAUAGGGAAAAGAAGGACGACCUGGAAACCCGGGACCCCCAGGAUUCAAAGGAGAUCGUGGUCUCGACGGUUUGGCAGGUCUUCCAGGAAUGCCUGGACAAAAAGGAGAAGCUGGAUACCCUGGACGCGACGGACCAAAAGGAAACUCUGGACCUCCCGGACCUCCUGGAGUAUGUGGAAUAUGACUUUUGAGGGAAUACGAUAGACUCCGCGUUGUAGUAAUUAGAAGUUCCUAGAAAAAAACGUAAAGUUCCCUCAGAUACCGUGUACUCAAAAGCCUCUAUCCAAAAUCUCGCGUCAUGUGGCCUUUAUGAAACUUGAAAGUCGAUGUAUUACAAAUGAGCUAUAAGGAAUAAUUCAAUUUACCACAGCUUGAAGAUGCAAAAAAUGUUUCUCUUGAAUGUAUUUUGAGUACGGAGGAUCUGAUGCCAAUUUCAACUUUCGAUUGGUUGAACAUGGCUGCAAAAGUUGCAAAACCCAAGAAAUCUCAUAAUUAUGAGGGAUACUUUACUGAGGUUUUUUCAUUCGCGGAAGUCACUAACCAGUGAAAGAUUUUGAAUCUUUUUGUUUUAAUUUUCCUUGUUAAAGGGCGGAUCUUUCACUGACGGAGCUCCAGGACCACCAGGUCUUCCUGGACGACCAGGAAAUCCAGGACCCCCUGGAAACGACGGAUUCCCAGGACAACCGGGACCAGCAGGACCGGUAGGACCUCAGGGCGGUCCUGGACUGCCAGGAUUCCCUGGAAACGAAGGACUUCCCGGACCGAAAGGAGAUCGAGUAAGUUUUCAUGAACUGUACAAUCUUUCCAUCUAUCCAGAAAUUUUUUUAUUCUGUAGAUUUUUCUCUCAUGUUUGAAAAACUUUUAAUAAAAAUUAUUUUGUUUACUUAAUUUCAUUUAUUUUCAGGGAGACUCUGGUAACCCAGGCUCUCCAGGAGUACCUGGACCACCUGGAAUGGUUGGUCUGCCAGGACCGAAAGGUGAACCAGGAGCUCGAGGAGUCGCUGGAAUCGCUAUCCCUGGCCUUCCUGGAAACGACGGUCGACCUGGACUUGACGGCGCUCCUGGAAGGAAAGGAGAAAGCGGACCACCUGGAAUGCGCGGACCUCCCGGAGACUCCCUCAACGGUCUUCCCGGAGCUCCUGGACCGAGGGGACCGCCCGGACCAAAAGGAUACGACGGACGCGAUGGAAUCAACGGUCUUCCCGGUGUUCCUGGAUCCAAAGGAGACCGAGGAGGAACAUGCUCAGCGUGCGCGCCUGGUGCCAAGGGAGAAAAAGGAACGCCUGGCUAUCCUGGACAACCAGGACCUCAAGGAGAACGUGGUCUUCAAGGCUUGGCUGGACCAGCUGGAGAUCCAGGAGACGACGGCCUUCCUGGCCCUGCGGGAAGAAAUGGACCUCCAGGACCUCCUGGUAUGGACGGCCUCCCCGGACUUCCUGGACAAAAAGGAGAACCUACUCAACUCGUUCUUCGGCCAGGACCGCCUGGUUACCCUGGACUGAAAGGAGAAAACGGCUUCCCAGGACUUCCCGGACAAGAUGGUCUUCCUGGAGCUCCUGGCAACGCUGGUUCGUCUGGACAACCUGGAUUCCCUGGACAGAAGGUGAGAAUAGAAAAAGAGUUAUAAUAAUUUUCAGAAAACUUUAAUGAAAAACUUAGAAAAACAGUUUUUGAUUGUUUCAAUCGGGAAAAAUUGCUUAUGCACCGCGAGGUCUAAGAGCUCUAUGCUUUCAAAACUAGAACUAGACGCUGACUCUCAGUUCUAUCACAUUCUUAUGCUGACCGUAUCCCGCAAAAAAUUCCAAUCAGCCCAUGUUAUUGACCGUCAUCGGAACCUUAGUAUGCACACAUUUGCAGGAAUAAUUUUUUUCCCCGUGCACCUAUCUAACCAACAAAAAAUAUUGCCUUUUCCAGGGAGAAGCUGGUCUGCCUGGUCUUUCUGGCAAGCCUGGACAAGAUGGACUACCAGGUCUACCUGGAACGAAGGGAGAACCAGGAUAUGGAAGCCCUGGAACGCCUGGACUCAGUGGACAGAAGGUAAAUCUGUUGCUAAAAGGAGAGAUCUCAAUUAUUUUUUUUCAUAGGGAGAGUCUGGACAACCUGGUCUGCCAGGUAUGCCUGGAGAGAUUGGACCUCCUGGUCUUCCUGCUCCGGAAUCACUCGUCGAGCCUUCAGCUCCUGGAGCGCCUGGACUUCCUGGAAUUCCAGUAAUUCAUUGACUAACUUAUAUCGAUUCUACGACUUGUUUUCUAGGGACAAAAAGGAGAAGGCGGAUACCCUGGUCGUCCAGGAGAAAACGGACCAUCCGGACUUCCGGGACUACCAGGCCAGAAAGGAGAUUCAGGACUUCCAGGGCCACCAGGACUCCCAGGAAACCCUGGACUGCCUGGAGAGAAAGGAUUUGGAGGUGAUUGUUGGAAUCUUCCGUCAUAUCUGAUCUCAAAAAUGUUGAAGUCAGUUGUUUCGUUUCAAAAAGUUCUGAGAACAUUCAAGACGGAAUAUUAUAUUGCCACCAGGAAAACCAGAAAUUGAACCUGCUAUCUUAAACUGAUAAUUUAAGGUGUACCUGGCCUUGCUGGUAUUCCUGGUCCCAAGGGAGAAGCUGGACACCCUGGACUACCAGGAAUGCCUGGACCGAAAGGAGAAGCUGGAAUCGGACAUCCAGGACAACCUGGAGUGCCAGGAUUCCCUGGAAUGAAGGGAGACUCUGGCUUCCCUGGCCAACCAGGUCUUCAAGGACUUGAAGGACAACGCGGAUCUCCUGGAGCGCCUGGCCUUAAAGGCGACGCCGGUUUGCCAGGUCUUCCUGGACAGCCUGGAUUCCCAGGAGAAAAAGGAGAUGCUGGACUUCCCGGAAUCCCAGGUCAGUGCCUACACAUACAAGAUGUUUGCGUUUUUCAUAGAUAAGCAAACAACCUUUGAACUCAAAUGUAAGCUAAAGAUUCAAUUGAAAAGAGAAUCCAAAAAAAUCAUUAUCGACUAGUUUUGUGACGAAUAAUCGAUAUGAUUUGAAUAUAAAUUUUCACAUUUCAUUUUCGUCGCGAGAUCUCACGCAUAGUUCAUUAAUUUCCUUUAAUUUACAAAACAUUGUUAAUUUAGCGCCUAAUAACUCAAUAUUUAAAGAAGAUUCAAUACGCUCUACGAAAAGCUGAAAAUCAGCUCAACGUUAUUUUUCACUAGUCGAAGAUUAAUAAUUUUACUAAAAGCUAGAAAUAGUGUUUUUUGAUGUUUAAUUUGAAUAGAACAUUUUUUUAAUAUAACAAUUAAUCGCUUUAUAGGUAAGGAAGGACUCAACGGACCAGUCGGACCAGACGGAACCCCCGGAUUCCCUGGACAAAAAGGAGACGAUGGCCUUCCUGGUCUUCCUGGAGUCACUGGAUUGAAGGGAGACGCUGGACAAGCUGGCAAUCCAGGAGCCCCUGGCCUGCCUGGCGCACCUGGCUACCCAGGAACCAAAGGUAACGCCGGUAUUCCUGGCGUUCCUGGACUGAAAGGUAAUAGACCUAUUUUUAAUUGCAUUCGUUAAAAAAAAAAUGUUUAGGAGAUGCUGGACUGCCUGGAGUCCCUGGACAAAAUGGACCAAAAGGAGCUAAUGGAAUCAACGGCAUGCCUGGACUACCUGGAGCCAAGGGACUUUCUGGUCUUCCUGGAGCACCUGGUCGUGAUGGCCUCGCUGGCCUUCCUGGAGUGAAAGGAGAUCGAGGAUUCAAUGGCCUUCCUGGAGAGAAAGGAGAGCCUGGACCAGCUGCACGUGAUGGCGAGAAGGGUUUGGCUGGUCUUCCUGGUCAACCUGGUCUUCGCGGACCACCUGGACCUUCUGGAGCGCCUGGCCUUCCUGGGCUCAAAGGAGAAGCUGGACUUCCUGGAUACGGACAACCUGGCUUGCCUGGAGAGAAAGGACUCGCUGGCAUUCCUGGAAAAGCUGGUCGACAAGGAGCACCCGGCUCUCCUGGCCAAGACGGCCUUCCUGGCUUCCCAGGACUCAAAGGAGAAUCUGUAAGUCUGAGGAUCUUUUAAAAUACGGUUGCUUUUUUAAAUCAAGAAUAUUGAUGUAAUUUUGAGAAGCUUUGUUUUUUUCGUCAGACGCCCCGAAACUACCCGCAGAAGCUACAAUACUUACAUUUAAUAUUUCAGGGUUAUCCUGGACAAGAUGGAUUCCCCGGAAAAGACGGCUUGCCCGGUCUUCCAGGCCAAAAAAAGGAGAAAGCGGACCUAGCGGCAAUCCAGGACUCAACGGUCCUCCUGGUCAAGACGGUCUUCCUGGAGUUCCCGGAAUCCGUGGAGACAAGGGACAAUCUGGUCUGCCUGGUCUUCCUGGAGAUCGCGGCCUUGAUGGUGUUCCUGGACCUAAGGUAAUUAAAGUUCUUAAUAAAGCUGUUUAAAAUGUGCUCUUUUGAACAAGUGAUAUAUUCAAAAAAACUAGUAUUUUUCUCAUUAACUUUGUUAUCGACUUUGAGUUUAAUGAUUGAUUAUUUUUAGGGCGAUUCUGGCUAUCCUGGUCAACCAGGACUGCCAGGUAUUCCUGGAGAAAAAGGAUCUGGUGGCGCUCCUGGCUUCCCUGGUAUCAAAGGAGCUCCUGGUUUCCCAGGAAACGAAGGACUGCCUGGAAUCCCCGGAGCCAAAGGAGAUUCUGGAUUCCCUGGACAACCUGGUCGUGAUGGGCUUUCUGGACUUCCUGGAGAGAAGGGUACGAGCGGCCUGCCUGGUCUUCCUGGCGCUCCUGGACAAGCUUUCCCUGGUCCUCAAGGGCCCCCUGGAGCACCUGGCCUUCCUGGAAAAGACGGAUUCCCUGGAGCUCCUGGUCUCAAAGGUGACGGUGGACAACCGGGUCUUCCUGGAGCCCCUGGAAUGAAAGGAGAGUCCGGCAUGCCUGGCUUCCCUGGUCAGAAAGGAGAUGCUGGUCUGCCUGGAAUACCUGGAAAACGUGGAGAAGAUGGUCUACCUGGAGUUCCUGGACGUGAUGGUCUUCCUGGACCUCAAGGAAUCAAGGGAGAGCUCGGUCUCAACGGCGCUGCUGGACAGCCAGGACUCCCUGGAAUGCCUGGACAAAAAGGUUUGGAGAAUGAAUAACUUUUUUUUCCAAAAGAAAAAAAAAACAUUUCGCACUUAAAAAACUUUGGGACGCUGGAAGAUUGGGUCAACCUCAAAUAGUUUGCAUUGAUGGAUAGAAACUACAGAUUAAAACCAAAACACUUUGAAAAAGUUCAUUUUAUGUUUUUUUUUUUUAUUAUUCUUGGAAAAGCCUUUUCAAUUGAGUUAGUCAUAGGAAACUCGGUAUAAGAAUGAAUUAAGCCGUUAGAAACCUAAGGUUUUUACUCAAUUUUGACGACUAUGGAAUUUUUCAGGUGAUUCCGGCCUACCUGGAUUCCCAGGACAGAAAGGAGACAGUGGCCUUCCUGGACUUCCUGGCCAGCCUGGCUUCCUUGGAGAGAAAGGAGAAUCAGGUCUUCCUGGUCUCCCAGGACGUGACGGACAACCUGGUCUUGAUGGACCUCAAGGACCACCUGGACCCCCUGGUCCUCUUCCACUUGUGACGCCAGGAAUGAAAGGAUUACCCGGAGUUCCGGGAGUACCUGGACUGCGCGGAGAGAAGGGAAUGCCAGGACUUGACGGCCCACCUGGCAUGGACGGACCUCCGGGUCUGCCAGGACAGCGCGGAAACGACGGAUUCCCUGGCGCCCCAGGACUUCCAGGAGACAAAGGAAUGCCUGGCCUUCCUGGUUUCCCUGGUCUUGACGGAACUCCUGGCGGUCCCGGACUUCCAGGAGCCCCAGGAGGACCAGGACCAGCUGGCCCGUCUUACCGUGACGGCUUCUUGCUUGUCAAGCACUCGCAAACCGAGCAAGUGCCGCAGUGUCCAGAUGGUCAGACCAAGCUGUGGGACGGAUGGUCGCUUCUUUACAUCGAAGGAAACGAGAAAUCACACAAUCAAGACCUUGGUAAAAUUUCUUGAUAGCUCUGAUAAAAGUUGGACAAUUUCAGGCCAUGCCGGUUCGUGCUUGCAACGUUUCUCGACCAUGCCAUUCUUGUUCUGCGACUUCAACAACGUCUGCAACUACGCUUCUCGCAACGACAAGUCCUACUGGCUCUCCACUUCAGCCGCUAUUCCAAUGAUGCCGGUCAACGAAGCCGCCAUUCAACCUUACAUUUCCAGGUUGGUCAUCGACCCUUUGAAGAAAAAAAACUAACUGAAAUUGCAGAUGUGUUGUGUGCGAAGCGCCGGCCAAUGUGAUCGCCGUUCACUCCCAAACCAUCCAAAUCCCUAACUGUCCAGCCGGCUGGAACAGUUUGUGGAUCGGCUAUUCAUUCGCUAUGCACACCGGCGCUGGAGCUGAAGGCGGUGGUCAAUCUCUCAGGUAAGAAACAAACUUGCGUGGAGAGCUAUCUCAGCGUUUCUGAUGGGAUCCUAUAACGAUCCGCUCAAAUUUUUUUUAAUGAAGUGCCAGGUUUACACAUUGGCUUUUUACGCAAACUAUUUAUUGUUUUUUGAUAAAUGAGUUUUCAAAAUCAUGAGACACUUUUCGAAUCCAAAACUGCGUCCGUCAAAAAGUUUUGAAAUGUAGAGGCAUACAGUAAGAGUUCUAGAGGAUCUGCACGAUAGUUAUCGUCUUCAUGAAUUGAAACAGUACUAAACUGGCUCACUAAAACGAUUCACGAAUGACUUGUCGGAAUCAUCAUAUAUUCCAGUUCUCCUGGCUCGUGCCUCGAAGACUUCCGCGCCACGCCGUUCAUCGAAUGCAACGGUGCUCGUGGAUCUUGCCACUACUUUGCCAACAAAUUCUCCUUCUGGCUCACCACCAUCGAAAACGACGCCGAGUUCAGAGUAAGUUUCACGAAAUUCUUGUUUUUCUGAUAAGAAUUUUCUGAGCAGAAAUGAACAAAAUGUGCUUUCAGAUCCCCGAAAGCCAGACGCUCAAGUCAGGCAGCUUACGCACAAGAGUCUCACGUUGCCAGGUGUGCAUCAAAUCAACCGAUGGCCGAUAUUAA